AUGGCAUUUCGUUUACCUUUGAUGAUGCAAGCUAAGAAGCAUAUCCUCUGCCGCACACUUUCAAGAGGUAAAAAAGUGUUGUCAGCUAAUAGUAAUAUACCAAAAGGAUAUUUAGCAGUAUAUGUUGGAGAAGAGAAAAAGAAGAGAUUUGUGGUUCCAAUAUCAUAUUUGCAUCAACCUGCUUUUCAACAAUUUCUUUGUAAAGCUGAAGAAGAAUUUGGAUUUAAUCAUCCAAUGGGUGGUCUCACCAUUCCUUGCAGAGAAGAGGUCUUUGUUAAUGUCACUUCUCAAUUGGAACCUUAA